AAAUUCAAGUCUUAAAUCAAGGCAAAAAAUUAACUUAAUUUUCAAUUCCUGUGAAAAUCCGCCCAGUGCCAAGCGAUGAGCGAGCCCAAGGGACCAAUUCAAUCAAUUAGAUCGAGUGAGCCAGAAACAAUAUCAAGUACGGAGGAAGCCGGUAGUCUACUCGAUAGCCUACACCUACACAUCUUCCAUCUGCUGGAGGACCAGGCGGUCCAGCAUCAUCAGCUCAGUAGGGAAACAUCGGAGGCACGCAUGAUCUUGGCCAGAGUUCGUCUGCAGGAGGGCAACCAACGAACGGCAGUUGAGGCCCAGCUGCCCCGAUGCCGUCCCUACAAGGCACUUUGUCGGUUGGUCGAGGAAGCUCGUGCCUGGGGUACCAUCGUCAAUCUGAAUCGAUUGGCAGUCGAGCCCUGUCGGGGAUAUCUCCAACCGGUGACGAACAUUUUCGGCGCCCUGGUUCCGAUGAGCCUGCGAGUGGCGAGUCGAAAAUGGGAACGCUGUGUGGAUCAAAUUGUGGACUGUGCCAACACCCAAAGAGAACUGCAGGCGUCUAUAUCCUCCAUUAGGCAGCUUAGAAGGUCUCUCUAUCCGAGCUAUCCUCAUAAAUGAGCCGCCAUGGAAGGCUAGGCGCUUAAUUUCUAAGUAAAAAGUAAUGGAAAUACAUAAAUAUGUACC